AUGGUGUGCCAAGGAGCAAGCCAAACAAGAUUUCGGGCAUUGAAACAUGAAAAUGGGAUCGCAGGAAGACCAACAAUAAUAGUUAGAGUGAUUGCAUGCUUUCAACCUUUACAGGAUUGCCAGGCAAACAACUCUUGGCUUUUCCCAGAGCAGAAUUCUGCUUGGCAACUGCCUAAUUUGAAUCAUAUGAGCAUGUUGCUUGAGCCCAGGCAACAGGAAUGUUUACCAUCAUCUACAAAUCAGGGCAUUUGCCCAUGUUCUGGACAUAUGGCAUUGCCAGGGUCCACAGUUUCUGGUGUUCAGGGUGUUAUGGCGAAACAAACAAAUGAAGGUCAUGGGGUGCUUCAACAUUUACCUCCUUAUUUUCAGACCUUAUUUCCUCCACCAAAUUCUUAUCUUAACGAAAAGCAGUCAGCAUUUUCUUAUGGAUUUGGUGGUCGCAUGGCUGUGCCAAAUGCAAAUCCAGGGUCUUCCCAGAAGGGAUUCUUCAUUUUUGAUCAGUCUGGGAAUGAAACAAAGCUAAUUUAUAAUUCUGAUUGCCCUCCUAGCCAGGAUCCACCCUUCGCCAGUAAAAAGUUCGUUUAUGGUUAUGGUUCACAUGAAGCAGGACUAACAACCAGCAUGGACCAAAUUGGUCCAACCGAGUACCUCUUGCAUGAAGAGAUCGGUGAGAAUCACAUAAUUGAAGAGAGUGAGAUGCAUGAAGACACAGAAGAAAUCAAUGCAUUGCUUUAUUCUGAUGAUUAUGAUGAUGAAGAUAAUAAUGAUGAUGACGGAGACGAUAAUGACAGUGAUUGUGGUGAGGAUGAUGAAGUAAAAAGCACGGGUCAGUCUCCAAUAGAUCUUCAAGUGAGUUAUGGAAAGGAAGAACAUGUGGAGGAAUUAACAGAGAAGGUCAUCUGUUCUGAUGCUUCAAACAAAAGGCAUAAAUUGCUCAAUGGUGGUUACAGGCAAUUAUCACCAAUGGAGACUGUUAUUAAUUCGAUACAGCCGUAUGGAUCUUACAGGCACGGGAACAAUAUGGAAUCGAGCUACGGACUUGGCCAGAUCCAAGGAGAGGAAAUACUUUCUACUGUGGGUAAGAUGAAGUCCAAAAAAGACUCAAUUCGUGAGACAAUUAGAGUUCUUGAGAGUGUGAUUCCUGGUGCUAAGGGCAAGGACCCAGUGUUCAUCAUAGACAAAGCUAUAGAAUACUUGAAGUCUAUGAAGCUUGCAGCCGAAACUCUGGGAGUGAGUUUCCAUGAAGAAGCUGCGUUCCGUCCAUGCUAA